AUGACAAAUGUAUUUGGGCCAAACAUUUUAAAGUAUACAAGAAAAGUUACCGAUCGAUAUGUAAAUAACUUUAUGCGUACAUCCUUAAGAUUGAUGCGAUUCUAUAGCUCAGUACCUACGAAUUCGCAACCAUCAAAAAAAGUCACGAUAACAACUAUUCAAAAUCUUUAUAAAAAUAAUGAACCCAUAACAGUAUUAACGGCUCAUGAUUAUCCAAGCGGAUUAUUUGUUGAAAAAACGGGAAUUGAAAUUUGUUUGGUUGGUGAUUCUUUAGGAAUGGUCGCUCUGGGACGUCAAAGUAUCAAUCAAACAACUAUAGAGGAAAUGCUUCAUCAUUGUAGAGCGGUAUCAAGAGGUGCAAAAACCCCAUUUCUUGUCUGUGACAUGCCAUUUGGAAGUUAUGAAAUUAGUCCUAAAGAUGCGUUAAGAAAUGCUAUUAGAUUUAUAAAAGAAGGAAAUAUGGAGGCGAUAAAAUUAGAGGGUGGAACUGAAAUGGCAAAAACUAUUCAACAAAUUACAAGCAUAGGAAUUCCUGUUUUGGGUCAUAUAGGUUUAACUCCGCAACGUCAAUCUUCGUUAGGUGGUUUUCGUGUUCAAGGGAAAACUGCGAAAAAAGCAAUAAAACUAUUAGAUGAUGCAAAAGCAUUACAACAAGCUGGAUGUUUUGCAAUAGUGAUGGAAGCAAUUCCUGGACCAGUUGCUGCAUAUAUUACAGAACAAAUACAAAUUCCUACUAUUGGGAUUGGUGCUGGAUCUGGCACUACUUUAAUGACUUAUCGUGAAGAAGUAAAAUCAAGAACAUUUCCUGAUGAAGAGUAUUCAUACACUAUUAGUGAUGAUGAGUUAAAGACAUUUUUUGAUAUUAUGAAAAAGGAACAAGAAUGA